GCACCUCUUCCACCUGAGCCUGCACCUUGACUUCAGCUUUUCUUUCUAGAGCAUGUUAGGCCGCUAUCGCAUUCAUAACUCCAGCGAUCUCACCUAAUCUCGGCUGCUGCCUUUGGGCCCCAUCCCUCAGGGGUCAGGCUCCAGCAUCUCCCCUCUCCCCACGCAGUCCCCCUUCUUUUCCCGGUCUUAUUGGGAAGCUAGAGGAGCCCACUUACGUUGCUUAGCAACGGGCUCAACUCUUCCGUCUCCGCCUCUUCGGGCUGUUGGGCGGAGAGGUACCAGCCCCGCUCAGCGUUGAUGCUCCCCCAGGACGCCUCCAUGCUGCUCUUUGGCUGACGACUAGGUCCAUCUGCGAGCCACUGCCCCUGCCCUGCGAUCCUGUCGUUAGUCGCGCCAGAGGCGGAGCUGUGGGCCCGGCCCUUCCGGGAUCCCGUACCUCACCAGGGCGGGGGAAAAAGGAGCGAGUCGACGGGAUCUGAUGACGCUCGCCCCCUCCACGGCGAACAGUGAUGAUGUCAUCGAGGACCAGCCAGCCCAUCCGCGACCCAUUUCUGAAUGGCAUCGCAGAAUGAGGAUCUUAUGGAGGCUAUCUGGAUUCUCAAAUAGACUUCUGAAAGUGGAAAGCUGUAGCAUAACUACAUCAGAAUCGUUGAUUCAACUAGCUUGGAUAUCACUGACACAGAAGCUUAGGAAACCACCUGGUGUUUUCUCAACCAUGCCAGAAACAGAAACAAAUGAGAGAGACUCUGAAUUAUUUUUACCACCUACUCAUGUUCGAGGAAUGACAAAACUUGAUAGAACAUCUUUUAAAAAGACAGUCACCAUUCCAGUGCUUAAAGUGAGGAAAGAAAUAGUCAAUAGAUUGAUGCGAUCCCUUAAAAGGGCAGCGCUGCAGCGCCCGGGUAUAAAACGUGUGAUUGAAGAUCCAGAAGAUGAAGAAAGUAGGCUAAUUAUGUUGGAUCCCUAUAAAAUAUUUAGUCAUGAUUCUUUUGAAAAGGCAGAACUCAGUACUUUAAAGCAGCUUAAUGUCAACCCACAGAUAUCUAAAUAUAAUUUGGAACUAACAUAUGAAAACUUUAAGUCAGAAGAAAUCUUGAAAGCUGUGCUUCCUGAAGGUCAAGAUGUGACUUCUGGUUUUAGCAGAGUUGGACAUAUUGCACAUCUGAACCUUAGAGAUCAUCAGCUGCCUUUCAAGCAUUUAAUUGGCCAAGUUAUGAUUGACAAAAAUCCAGGAAUCACCUCAGCAGUAAAUAAGAUCAAUAAUAUUGAUAAUACAUACCGAAAUUUCCAAAUGGAAGUACUAUGUGGAGAGGAGAACAUGAUGACCAAGGUUCGAGAAAACAACUACAUCUAUGAAUUUGAUUUUUCAAAAGUCUAUUGGAAUCCUCGUCUCUCUACAGAACACAGUCGGAUCACAGAACUUCUCAAACCUGGGGAUGUCCUAUUUGAUAUUUUUGCUGGGGUUGGGCCCUUUGCCAUUCCAGUAGCAAAGAAAAACUGCACUGUUUUUGCCAAUGAUCUCAAUCCUGAAUCCUAUAAAUGGCUGAUGCACAAUUGUAAAUUAAAUAAAGUGGACCAAAAGGUGAAAGUGUUCAACUUGGAUGGGAAAGACUUCCUCAAAGGACCAGUUAGAGAAGAGUUAAUGCAGCAGCUGAGACCAUCAAAAGAAAGAAAACACUCUUUGCACAUUGUUAUGAACUUGCCAGCAAAGGCUAUAGAGUUUCUCAGUGCUUUCAAAUCGCUCUUAGAUGGGCAGCCAUGCAGCAGUGAGCUCCUUCCCAUAGUGCACUGUUACAGCUUUUCCAAAGAUGCUAAUCCUGCUGAGGAUGUUCGGCAACAAGUUGGAGCUGUGUUAGGUAUUUCCUUGGAGGCAUGCAGUUCAGUUCACCUAGUGAGAAAUGUGGCACCUAACAAGGAAAUGCUGUGCAUCACCUUUCAGAUUCCUGCUGCUGUACUCUACAGGCACCAAACCAUAAAUCUAGAGACUCACGAGGAUCUACCUCUUAAACGGCAGAGGACAGAUAAAGCCUUUUCAGAAGAAAAACCACAAAUUGCUUCAAAUACUUAAUUGGAAAUGUUUUCCCCAUCUCCCCACCAGACAUUUAUGUAGUAAAACAUAAUUUGUAUGAUUUCAUAAAAUUUCAGCAUUCAAUUACUUUACUAUUGAACUCUUAUAUUUUGCCUGCUGUCUUAUAAAUUGAAUACCAAAUUAAAAUUUAACUGAAA